ACCACGUGUCAUGCGCAUCAAACCAGCAGCUCUUCGUGCACUCAUCUCAAUCCGAUCUUCUAGUAUGUUGGCUUUUAUGGUUUUUGCAAUGAUGCUUAGUUUGUUCAAUGGAUGCUGGGGAUCCUCAGAGAGCACAGAAACUUGCGACUUCACCUCGUUUUCACUUAUAGAUAUAUACAAUAAAAUAGCUCAAGCAAAAGUUAUUCCUGACUUCGAGGGCAAUCGUAAGAAAGCCUACUUUGUGGGAGACGAUCGUGAAAAUCCUACCAUCGGAAUUGGUUUCAACCUUGGCCGUCCCGGUGCAAGAAAGGAUUUUGAAACCGUACUAACUGACCGUGAUUUUGAUGCUGUAAAAAAUGGAAGGGAAGAGCUAACGGAAGAAGAAAUACUCGCACUCUAUUUUUUCGACAUUAAAAAGCACACUGAUCGGGCAAGAGGCAAAAUUCAACAAUUUGACACAUUUCCUGUCUACGUUCAAACCGCAUUGGUAAACGCAUUCUUUAGAGCAGAUAUUGGCCCCAAAACUAUUGCUCUAAUCAACAACGAAAGAUGGGACGAUGUAGCUAGCGAAUACCUAAACCACAAAGAAUAUCAAGAGGCAGACGAAAGGGGCCGUCCCGGAGUUAAGAAAAGAAUGAAUUUUAAUGCAGAUGAAUUCAGGAAAUACGCCGAGGAACUAAAGAAAAAGAAAAACCAAAAGAAAUAAGAAGGAAAAAGUAGCGCUUGAACAGUCAGCACAGUUUAAAUCCUGUGGGUAAUUUCUUGAGACUCUUUUGCACUUUCAAUUUGGUUGUAAUUGUUUAAGACAAAUUAUGUGUUGUUUGUUGAGCUGUUCAGAACGCUUAGAUGAAUU